GCACUAGCUGGUUGAUGAUUUUCCUGGGAGACUAAAGAACUUGAAAAGAUAUAGCAGCCAUGGCAAAAAAUACCACCUUGUUGCUUCAGAAGUUACGUGGCUUUAUGCAAAGCUCUCAGUAUGGCGGUCCAAUACAAGCCUAUAUCAUUCCGUCAUGUGAUUCUCAUCAAAAUGAGUACAUAGCCGAGUGUGACUGCAGGCGGCCAUUUAUAACCGGCUUCACUGGAUCCAGCGGCACCGCUAUUGUGACAGAAAUGAAAGCAGCAAUGUGGACUGAUGGAAGAUAUUUCCUCCAGGCGGCCAAACAAAUGGAUCAAAACUGGACACUCAUGAAAAUGGGUAUGCCCAAGACCCCAACUCAGGAAGAAUGGCUGACAGAGGUUUUGCCAGCAGGAUCUAAAGUUGGGGUUGAUCCCUUUCUUUUUAGAUGGGAAUCUUGGAAGACAUUUUCCAGCACACUAGAGGGCGCUGGUCACUCACUUGUACCCAUCCAAUCAAACCUUGUUGAUCUGGUCUGGGAUGCUGACAGGCCACUUCCACCACAGGCUCAGGUCAAAGUUCACAGUCUUCACUUCACAGGUCAAAGUUCAGCAGAGAAAGUGGCUCAGAUUAGAAGGAAGAUGGCGAAGGUUCGUGUCCAGAAUCUUAUCCUGACUGCCCUUGAUGAAAUAGCAUGGCUAUUUAAUCUACGAGGUUCAGAUAUUGUAUACAACCCCGUGUUCUUUGCUUAUGCAGUGCUUUCUCAGGAUAGUGUACAUCUGUUUGUAGAUGAGAGUAAGCUAGAACCUGGAGUACACAGCCAUAUCAACCAAGGAAUAGAAGUCACACUACAUGCAUAUGAUGACAUUCAAAAGUUCAUCUCAGACAUGCUUGCUGAAAAUGGAGCCAAGACCUGGAUCAGCGCCAACUCAAGUUAUGCACUAAUGAACCUCAUUCCAAAGCAACAUCAAUACAUUCACAACAGCCCAAUCUGGCAGAGCAAAGCAGUCAAGAAUGAUGUGGAAAUUGAGGGCAUGCGUCAAGCACAUAUACGAGAUGCUGUAGCCCUGUGUGAAUACUUCAAUUGGCUUGAACAUGAGAUUCCAAAAGGGUACCUCAAUGAAGUGACUGCUGCUGAUAAGCUUGAGAAUCUCAGAAGUGAGCAGGAAGAUUUUGUGUCACUGAGCUUUGAUACGAUCUCCUCCAUGGGUCCUAAUGGAGCAGUGAUCCACUAUAAACCUCAACUACCUACUGCUCUGACACUCAACACACAAGAGAUAUACCUGUGUGACUCAGGAGGACAGUACAGAGACGGAACAACUGAUGUUACAAGAACAUUUCACUUUGGAACACCUACUCAACAUCAGAAGGAAUGUUUCACAAGAGUUCUGAAGGGUGUUAUCUCCUUGGCAACGGCAGUCUUCCCAGAAGGAACACGAGGGGUUUUGCUAGACUCUUUUGCCAGACAGCAUCUAUGGGAGAUAGGCCUAGACUACAUGCAUGGCACAGGACAUGGGAUAGGAUCAUACCUCAAUGUCCACGAGCCCCCACACCUCAUCAGCUACAGGGUUGGGCCUGGCUCGGAGGCCCCGCUUGAAGCUGGCAUCUUCAUGUCAGAUGGUAAGCCUUUAAGGCUUUUUCUUCAUCUUUUCCUUCCAUGA